GAGACGCAUCCUAAAGUCUCUCGCGCUGAAUUGAACUCACACGCGCACGUAACUUGGCCGUAAUGCGCUGCACCUGCUGAUUCAAGCCCUCUCCUCCUCAUUGUCUGAGCGUUAUCCAAUAGCGUUUAAGUGAGUCGAAAUGAGGUGUCGUGAUUGGCUCAUUCACAUGCCAGUUUAUUUAGUGCCGCAGUUUCCCGCCAUCGCCCCCUUAACGUUUGAGCGCGAGCAUCAGAACACACCGUUAACUUAUAAACGCAAAUAAGACGCUGUUAUGGCCGUCAGAUUGUGUGAUGUGGCUUCUCUUCUGAGAAGUGGAUCGUGGUCAGCUGAGCCGUGGACUGGGGUGAUCGCUGCCAUGGAGACGCAGCUGUCUAACGGGCCCAACUGCACCAGCAACGGUCCCAACAGCGUCUCCAAUAACUGCACAUCACCUGCUGAGCCCCCUGACGGCGGCGAGGACAGUAAAACCAAUCUGAUCGUCAACUAUCUCCCUCAAAACAUGACUCAGGAGGAGCUGAAGAGUUUGUUCGGCAGCAUUGGAGAGAUCGAGUCCUGCAAACUCGUGCGAGACAAAAUCACAGGUCAGAGUUUAGGUUAUGGCUUUGUGAACUAUGUGGAGCCUAAAGACGCAGAGAAAGCCAUCAACACUUUAAACGGACUGAGACUACAGACCAAAACCAUCAAGGUGUCGUACGCUCGACCGAGCUCGGCCUCCAUUCGUGAUGCUAACCUGUAUGUGAGUGGUCUGCCUAAAACCAUGACUCAGAAAGAGUUGGAGCAGCUGUUUUCCCAGUACGGACGCAUCAUCACCUCCAGAAUCCUUCUUGACCAGGUCACAGGUGUGUCCAGAGGCGUUGGGUUCAUCCGUUUUGAUCGGCGUGUUGAAGCUGAGGAGGCCAUUAAAGGUCAAAACGGGCAGAAGCCGCCGGGCGCUACAGAACCCAUCACAGUGAAGUUUGCCAACAACCCCAGUCAGAAGAGCAGUCAGGCGUUACUCUCUCACCUUUACCAGUCCCCCGGCAGGCGAUACCCAGGACCUCUGGCACAGCAAGCACAGAGAUUCAGGCUGGACAAUCUGCUCAAUAUGGCGUAUGGUGUCAAGAGAUUCUCACCAGUGAACAUUGACGGGGUCACCAGUCUGGCGGGCAUGAAUCUUCCGGGUCACGCUGGUGCGGGUUGGUGUGUAUUUGUGUAUAAUCUGGCUCCAGAUGCGGAUGAGAGCGUUCUCUGGCAGAUGUUUGGUCCAUUCGGUGCCGUGACUAACGUGAAGGUCAUACGAGACUUUAACACCAACAAAUGCAAAGGCUUCGGCUUUGUCACCAUGACGAACUACGACGAAGCCGCUGUGGCCAUCGCCAGUCUGAACGGAUAUCGACUCGGCGACAGAGUUCUACAGGUCUCUUUCAAAACUAACAAAACACACAAAGCUUGAACCAGUGAACACACACAACUUUAAACGCUCAAAAGAAAAUAAGCAAUAUUUAGCCUUCUUGUUUUUUGUUUUUAAGCUUUAAGUUUCUUUUAAAAGCUUUAGUUUGAAGAUCAGUACGAGACCGUGUGUGUUUUGGUUUUCAGUUGCCUUUUGAUUUCUUGUAUUUCACUCUACAUCUCUGAGUUGGAUUAAGUAGGUUAUUUUGUUUUGUAAUUGCUUGUUAAUGUUAAAAUAAAGGCAGAAUAAAAAUCUUAACUAAAUUGCCGAAUUGCUGCAAACCUCUGAGGUUUAGAAGCGUCUAUUUUUAUAAAAAUAAGCAUUUGUGGUCCUUUUUACUAGAGAUGCUGCAGCGUAAGUAUUUUCAUCUUUGUGUGAUGCCUCAUGAGCUUCAGAAACUUUCACAGAAAGUUCGUAACGCUUAAUGUUUGGUAAAUGAAAAUAAAACGGAAACCUCCUGAGGGGUUUGUAUCAGGAUUUAAGACUGGCCGUGUUUGACACGAUAUACUGCAAGUUCAUUUAAGUUGCUUUUUAUUUUUCUUUAGAAACGCAGGCUGAGAAACUCCAAUUUUAUUGUUCCUGCAGGUGAUUUUUCAUUUGACCUGGUUUUCUUUGAAGAUGACUUGGUACAAGAGUAUAAGUAUGUUUGUUUGCCUUAUUUUUGUGUUUUUUGAUGAUUUGGAAGAGGCAUUUAUUAUCAUUGUAGCAGGUUUGGUUAUGUCGUCUUAUAUUAAGAGAAGUGUGGACACGUGGGGUUAUAUUUCCUUUACUUUCAUAUGCUGUAUAUUUAUGUGGUUUGAAGAUGUGCCGCAUGGUUUUUUUUGUGUUUAAAUGCAGGCGCUUCAUUUGUUGGUGAUGUCAUAAUCCUGUGAUUGCGUUCACAGUCGCUCUGGACAUAUGCCUUCUACUCCACACUUGAAGUGCUCUGAGAUUUUUCUUCGUUUCAUCUUCUGUUCAUUUGGGUUAAUGUUCAAACUGAGUGAAUGAACUGUGAUCUCAGAACGUCUGCAGUGUGAUCCAUUGCAUAAUGUGUGAAUGAUUGUUUAUUUAAACUUGUACAGCAUGACAUUUUUCCUUCAUUUGGGUUUAUUAAGUAUCUUAUGUUAAGCAUUUAAAUCAGACAAGAUGUACGUGUUGUUUUAUGUUUGGAAUCCUUUGCUUUUUUUAUGUUAACUACAUCAAUAAAUGUGUAGAUGCUAAAGCA